GUCAUCACAUUCCAUGGAAACAUCCAGAUGAAGCCAGAUGAAAAAGCCCUUUAACAAUAUUCCUAAACAACUGCUGGGACUACUGAACUCAGAAACACAGCAAGAGAUUAUAUUUGAAACAUGGCUCAGAGUGACUUCCUCUACCCAGAGAACCCACGGAGAAGGCAGGAAGUAAGCCGUCUUCACCAGCAGCUUCUUGACUGCUUAUCUGAUAGUUUCCAUGCCACUAAUACGCUGACUGAGGUCUUAAACAUGCACUUGGGGUGCAGGCUGGCCUCCAUCGAGAUGAAAAGAGAUGGGACCAUCAAAGAAAACUGUGAUAUCAUCAUCCAAGCCAUGAUGAAAAUCCAAAAGGAAUUGCAAAAGGUUGAUGAAGCACUAAAAGAUAAGCUAGAGCCAACCCUUUACAGAAAACUUCAGGAUAUUAAAGAAAGGGAAACAGAGAAAAUCGCAAUAGUACAAAAGGUCAUUUCAGUCAUCCUGGGAGAAGCUACUUCCGCAGCCAGUGCUGUAGCUGUUAAACUUGUGGGCUCAAAUGUCACAACUGGCAUCAUUAACAAGUUGGUCACUGUGCUAGCUCAAAUUGGCGCUUCUCUCCUUGGAAGUAUAGGAGUUGCUGUUCUUGGCCUUGGCAUAGAUAUGAUCUUCCGUGCCAUCCUGGGAGCAGUGGAGAAAACACAGCUUCAAGCAGCCAUUAAAAGUUAUGAGAAGCAUCUGGUGGAAUUCAAGUCCGCUUCAGAAAAAUAUCAUCAUGCCAUUGUUGAGGUCACCAACACAGUUAAACACCAAAUGAAAUGAACAGCCACUGUGUCAUUGGAAUAUUUUUCUGUUUUUCUCAAUAAUAGUGUUUUGCUGCUUUGAUUAGGUUCAUUUUCCAAGUUUCCAACAUGGACAGAAAUAGAGUUAACAAGUUGGAAAGAUGGUUUAAGGGAUGCUAAAACGAGGACUCCAGAGUUUUGUAUCAACAAUGAAUGCCUAAGUCAGUUGGUGCUAGACCCUGCGAGGUUAAAGAUUAUAUCCCAGGAUACCUUCUUACUCUGCUCUACCAGACCAACAUUAGGUUAAAUGCUAUUGUAGAAGAGCAGGUGUAGGGGUUACCUCUUCCUUUUCUAAUUCACCACUGGCUUCAGACAUCAUUUAUUUCUAAGGGGAUGUACUUAGUAACUUCUGCCUAGACACAAACUGUGGACCUUUGGAUGAAAUAGAAAUACUACCAUAAUUUUGACCUUCAGCUUAAGUCCAAUUUUCAAUAAACCAGAAGAGACUGAAAUCCGGGUUUUAACAAUUUACUUCAAUGAUCAAAGGACGCAAUGGUUGUUACUUCCACUAAUUACACCCUAUAAACUCGAAUGGAUUUUUAAAAGAUAAAAGUUAAAACAAAAGAUAAAGGUUCUGUUUCUAUAAUUGCAAUCAACCCUGACCAACUGCGGUGUGAUGAUUAAAAAGCCCUCAUGUGAAUGUUUGAACACCCUGGAACAUUUUAAAAAACAAACAUGCAAAUCCCAGCUACACGUGCAUAAAAUGCAUUUAGGAUGCAGGGGAGGAAGUUGUUACUCUUUCAGGAAUUUGUCAUUUAAAGGAGAGUCAUAAUUUAUUACCUCAUGAGUUUCCAGAAAAAUGAAAUUUCAUUUUCUACACUAGCAGAAUGGAGGAUGCUGGGGUGCCUGGGUGGCUCAGUCGUUAAGU